CGGAGGGCAGUAGGAAGAACAAGAAGGGACCGAUCAAGGAAGCUGAAACUCUGUCGGUUCCUCCCAGGCCUUACCUAGAUCUUAACUCGAGUCCGUCAAAUCCAGACUGACACUUCAUGUUAUAUUACGAAAUACACAACUAAUUUUUUGUAUCGUCAGGAAGUAGCCGUUCUUUUUGAUAAGCGAGCUGCUUCUUAGCGGACGUCUUAGUCACCCUAGCUGUUCCUGUGAUCGGAAAUGUCCGCUUCCCCCGGCUACGGCUCUCAAUCGGCCCAGAGUACUGCCCUGAUCGGCCCUAGCCCAGGCAUGUCCAUGUUCCGGUGGCUGGAGGUAUUGGAGAAGGAGUUCGACAAGGCGUUUGUGGACGUGGAUCUACUCCUGGGCGAGAUCGACCCCGACCAGUCGGACAUCACCUAUGAAGGUCGGCAGAAGAUGACGAGCCUGAGCUCAUGUUUUGCUCAGCUCUGUCACAAAGCCCAGACCAUCUUCCAACUCAACCACAAGCUAGACGCUCAGCUGGUAGACCUGCGCUCUGAGCUGACUGAUGAGCAGGCAGAGCGGACCGUGCUGGAGCGGGAGGUUCACGACCAGCUUCUCCAGCUCCACGCCCUCCAGCUGCAGCUCCACGUCAAGCAGGGGACGACCGAAGACUCGGACUCCAUCAAAGAGAAGCUGCCCCCCUCCACAGUGGACGAGAUGGAACAGGAGCUGGGGGCCAACAGAAAGGAUAAACUGAGGGAGGUGAAACUGGACGCAGAGGUACGACAGCACAAGAAGGAGAACGAGGCCCUCCGCAGGCACAUUGCAGUACUUCAAGCAGAAGUGUAUGGUGCAAGACUGGCUGCAAAGUAUCUUGACAAGGAACUGGCUGGAAGAGUGCAGCAGAUUCAGCUACUGGGUCGGGACAUGAAGGGACCUGCCCACGACAAGCUGUGGAACCAGCUCGAAGCAGAGAUCCAUCUGCACCGCCACAAGACCGUCAUCCGAGCCUGCAGGGGGCGCAAUGAUUCCAAGAAGACACUGGCGUCUCCAGUUGGGCAUGAGUCGGACAUGUUGAAGAAGACUCAGGGUGUAGGGCCUAUACGGAAAGUGGUGCUGGCCAAAGACGACAACGAAGGACUUGGAAUUUCUAUCACGGGCGGUAAGGAGCACGGCGUGCCCAUCCUGAUCUCGGAGAUCCACCCGGGGCAGCCGGCCGAGCGGUGCCGGGGGCUCCACGUCGGGGACGCCGUCCUGGCCGUCAACAGCAUCAACCUGCGGGACGCCAAACACAAGGAGGCCGUCACCAUACUGUCACAGCAGCGGGGAGAGAUUGAGUUUGAGGUGGUGUACGUGGCCCCCGAGGUGGACAGCGACGACGAGAACGUGGAGUACGAGGACGAGGGUGGACAUCGCUACCGGCUGUACCUGGACGAGCUGGAGGAGGGCAACACGGCAACACACUGCAACAGCACUCACACCGAGCCGUCGUCACCGCGGGCUUCUGUAGUGAAUGAGAAGCCUUCAGAGGAGACCCCUUCCAAGGCCGCUGAGUCGACAGACAGCUCUUCCUAGAGGACACUGAGGAACUUUAAAGCCUUGAAAUCAUGUCCAGAGAAUCAAUGAGGAAAGGAGUGGCAGAGUGACGCAAUGGUCAGAAAUAUUGCCGACAAAGGGGAUGAGCUUGGAGCAAAGGAAAUCAUAACAGUGUUGCUAUAUUUUGAUCCUCGUGAUUAGAGUAUUUGUUAUGUACAAGCUGAAUAUCGGACCUAUAUCUUUUAGUUUAAGUCUUAACUCAAAAGAUUUCGAAACUGACCUGAAUUCCAAGCAUGGUCAUAUAUCCUUCUUGCCACUUUGAUAUUGUAUACGUCUGUAUGGAAACCUGCGUACAUCUGAGAGGAAGAGCCGAAGUGGUUAUGGCUCAUAUAGAAGCAGGCUUUUGGAAGCAAUUGUACAUUUGUUUCAAACCUUUUCUGUUGUUUUUAAGCUCUGUAGUGCACCUAUACUCCACUUACCUUAAGAACACAGGCAAGGCUGAAACUGUUUGAGGGUCUACAUUGUAUUAUCUCUCCAAGUUGAGUCUUCUAAGCUAAUGGGAUGCUUAAUUAAUGAUGAAAGUAUGUGUGUAUUAUGCAAUAUCUUAAGUGUGCAUAGCUACCUUCAGAACUCACAAAAAAAGUUUUCUUUUGAAGUAGUGUGGAAAAAUAACGUUUUUAACUCAAAUUAGCUUGGAACAUAAUGUGGCAUUGUUUUUGUGGUAUGCCAGUUAUCCACAUAGUUGAUAGUAAGACUUGUGAUAUUUAAUAAUUCUUCAAUGGGGAGACGGGCUACAAAGUGACAAUCAGAUGUCAUUCUUGCAUAAUCCUUGGAUGGCUCUUUAUAUUUUUACGGAUACUUUUUUUUUUUUUAAGGGGGGGGGGGGGGGGGGUGAGAAUGCAUAUGUGAAAUGUCCUUAAAAUAUACAUAAGUAAAAUAUGUUUCAGACUUUACUAUUAUGUACUUAUUUUGGCCCACACAGAACUACACUAACAGAACUAAUACCGGUUAGGAGGACAAUGAGCAAAGAUACAUGAAAAGCAAUGGAAGGUGGUCAGAAAAGGAGCAGAUGAGGUGAUUGCCUGGCCUCCGAUCAUUCCCAUUUGUUAGCAUCACGAUGGGACCCAACUAUACACACCGUGGUAUGCUUGUGCCCUUCCUUGUGAGUGCCAUUGAUGUGCGGAGAAGGAUAGGGACAACCAGGUCCAAGUGAGACUACGUUACGAUAUGUACUAAAGCAGGGCCCAGGAUGCUAUGAGGUCCCCUGGUCCAGCAGUAAUAUCUGAUUAGGAGACAGCCCACCUUCAGAGGCCUCAUCAUGUAAAUUAUUUCUUCAACUGUGAUCCAUAUGGGACUUCAAACAUGUGGGAGCUGUCACUGGCCUAUACAUUUGGGGAUGGGAACUAUAGUGUAUUUAUUUCCCUGUUUAAAUAAAGUAAAAGAGACUCA